GACUAACUAACCUACAACAUUAUCCUCUUACGCGGAUUUAAGGCGACUUCAGAAGAAGAAUCUAUUCAAGAAGGGUAUUAUCUUUUGAUAAAAUUAAGCGUAAAUUUGUGUCAAAAUAUGAUGAAACAAAUAUAUUUGGACAAAAAGUAUAACUGAAAGGAUAUAUUUGGACUCGAAGAUAUAUUUAAAGUAGAUAUUUGGCCCCUUUUUCAUUCAAUAUAACCAACUUCGUCAAUUAGGAGGCAAUUGUGGGUCAACCAAGUCAACUAAAUCAUCCAGUUGCCAACUUGUAUGAAAAAGCUAAUACUCUUUUGUGAGAAAUGCAAGAGAAACCAUGGCUUUCUUACACUAUAGUUUCCUUCUCAUACUUGUCUUCUGCAUUUGCACUGCUGUGUCUGUCAAUCCUCUGGGAAAUUUUUGCUAUGACGCAUCCAAAUCCAAUGAUGCUAAAACAUCAGCAAAUAUCGGAAAGGUGUUAGCUGAAUUAGUAUCUGUUUCUGCUAAAGAUACCUUCAGUACUACCUUGUACGGUGAUGCUAAGAACCAAGAAUAUGGCCUCUAUCAAUGCAGAGGAGAUGUUAGCAGCAAUGACUGCUCAAGUUGCAUCCGUGAUGCAGCAAAGGAGAUUCGGAAAAGCUGUCCGGACCAGACUGAUGCCAGAAUUUGGUAUGAUUAUUGUUUGAGGUACCAAGCUAAGAAUUUCUUUGGACAAGCUGAAACAGUUCCUGGUAUAUUCUACUGGAACAUCAACUUUGUAUCUGAUCCAGACUUCUUCAAUAAAAAGCUAGCGCAACUCAAGAAUCAAAUAAUUGAACAGGCUAUUGUGCAAAAGAACAAAGGGCUCGGAAAAGGCAAGAUUAAAAUCUCACCUUUUCUCACAUUAUAUGCCUUGAUGCAAUGCACAAGGGACCUACCAAAGAUAGACUGUGCCCAGUGUCUGGCUGUAGCUGUUGGCAAUUCCCCCACUACUUGCUUAAACAGGAAAGGAUGUCGAGUACUCUAUAGUAGUUGCUAUGUUCGUUAUGAACUCUACCCAUUUUUCUUUCCCUUAGAACCGAAAGAGAAAUUGGCCAACGUAUCAAUGGAUUACCACACAUUCAAAAUGUCUAAACCUUUAUUGGUAAUUAAUGUGUAGUACUACUUUAUGUAUUAAGAACUUGAAAUGCCAUUUACAAGUCUGUUUUCAUUGCA